AUGAAACAACAACAGGAAGAGAUAAUAGUUUUCAACUUCAUCACCAAGAAGGUUGAAUCCCUCUUCUUCAGAAAGGUCAACCCAAGAGACAUCCGUUGGUCUACCAUCUACCGUAGACUCAACAAGGAAACCUCUGUUGAAGUCGUCCACAAGAAGAAGACCAAGAGAACCCAAAAGUUCGAACGUUCCAUCCUCGGUGCCUCUUUGGAAGUCAUCAAGCAAAAGAGAGAACAAAAGCCAGAAUUCAGAGCUGCUCAACGUGAAGCUGCCUUGAGAGAAAUCAAGGAAAAGAAGAAGGCUGCCACCACCAAGUCUGCCAAGCCAGCUUCCUCCAAGGCUGCUGUCAAGAAGUAA